AUGGAGAACGCACACGAACAGGAGACAGCUGACUGCCUGUCUCACUUCAGUGUGAGCGAGAGCACGGGUCUCUCACUUGAGCAGGUGAAGACCAAUCUGGAGAAGUUUGGAUACAACGAGCUGCCUGCUGAGGAGGGGAAGACUAUCUGGGAGCUGGUGGUUGAGCAGUUUGAGGACCUGCUGGUGAGAAUCCUGCUGCUGGCCGCCUGCAUCUCCUUCGUGCUGGCCUUGUUCGAGGAGGGGGAGGAGACGGUCACAGCGUUCGUGGAGCCCCUCGUCAUCCUCCUCAUCCUCAUCGCUAACGCUGUGGUUGGAGUGUGGCAGGAGCGCAAUGCGGAGAGUGCCAUCGAGGCCCUGAAGGAGUACGAGCCGGAGAUGGGGAAGGUUUACCGUGCGGACAGGAAGAGCGUCCAGCGCAUCAAGGCCAGAUUGAUUGUGCCGGGAGACAUCGUGGAGGUGUCAGUUGGUGAUAAGGUUCCUGCUGACAUCAGACUUACAGGCAUCCGCUCUACGACCCUGCGUGUGGACCAGUCCAUCCUGACCGGUGAAUCAGUAAGUGUGAUCAAACACACAGAUGCUGUCCCUGAUCCCAGAGCUGUCAAUCAGGACAAGAAAAACAUGCUCUUUUCUGGCACCAACAUCGCAUCAGGUAGGGCCGUGGGUGUUGCCAUAGCCACCGGCGUCUCCACGGAGAUCGGUAAGAUCCGUGACCAGAUGGCGGCCACGGAGCAGGAGAAGACGCCCCUGCAGCAGAAGCUGGACGAGUUCGGGGAGCAGCUCUCCAAGGUCAUCUCCCUCAUCUGCGUGGCCGUGUGGGCCAUCAACAUCGGACACUUCAACGACCCGGUCCACGGAGGAUCCUGGAUCCGCGGCGCCGUCUACUACUUCAAGAUCGCCGUCGCCCUGGCUGUGGCCGCCAUCCCUGAGGGUCUGCCCGCCGUCAUCACCACCUGCCUGGCCCUGGGCACCCGCCGUAUGGCCAAGAAGAACGCCAUCGUCCGCUCGCUGCCCUCCGUGGAGACCCUGGGGUGCACCUCUGUCAUCUGCUCCGACAAGACCGGCACCCUCACCACCAACCAGAUGUGUGUCACCAAGAUGUUCGUCAUUGACAAAGUUGAUGGUGACCACGUGGCUUUGGGCCAGUUUGACAUCUCAGGCUCCAAGUACACACCUGAGGGAGAAGUGACGAGGGGAGGAGGGUCUGUGAGGUGCGGUCAGUACGACGGACUGGUGGAGCUGGCCACUAUCUGUGCCCUCUGCAACGACUCCUCACUCGACUACAACGAGUCUAAGGGCAUCUAUGAGAAGGUGGGUGAGGCCACGGAGACUGCCCUCUGCUGUCUGGUGGAGAAAAUGAACGUCUUCAACACAGAGGUCCGCGGCCUGUCCAAGGUGGAGAGAGCCAAUGCCUGCUGUUCUGUGAUCAAGCAGCUGAUGCGUAAGGAUUUCACGCUGGAGUUUUCGCGCGACAGGAAGUCCAUGUCUGUGUACUGCUGCCCCGCCAAGGUCACCAAAGCCUCCGUGGGGAACAAGAUGUUCGUCAAGGGCGCCCCCGAGGGUGUGAUUGACAGGUGUGCGUACGUGCGUGUGGGCACCACGCGGGUGGCGCUGACGGGCGCGGUCAAGGAGAAGAUCCUGGCGGUGAUCAAGGAGUGGGGCACGGGCAAGGACACGCUGCGCUGCCUGGCGCUCGCCACGCGGGACACGCCCCUCAAGAGGGAGGACAUGAACCUGGAGGACGCCACCAAGUUCGCUGACUACGAGGUUGACAUGACGUUUGUGGGGUGUGUGGGAAUGCUGGAUCCCCCUCGUAAGGAGGUCUCUGGCUCCAUCGAGCUCUGCAGGAAGGCUGGCAUUCGUGUCAUCAUGAUCACUGGUGACAAUAAGGGCACGGCGGUGGCGAUCUGCCGGAGGAUCGGGAUCUUCGGCGAGGAUGAGGACGUGACCGGGCGGGCGUACACCGGGCGUGAGUUCGACGACCUGCCGCUGGCGAUGCAGAGGGAGGCGGUGAGGAGGGCAUCGUGCUACGCCCGCGUGGAGCCGUCGCACAAGAGCAAGAUCGUGGAGUUCCUACAGGGCUUCGACGAGAUCACUGCCAUGACUGGUGACGGAGUGAAUGAUGCCCCCGCCCUGAAGAAGGCAGAGAUUGGCAUCGCCAUGGGCUCUGGCACGGCUGUUGCCAAGUCGGCCUCUGAGAUGGUCCUGGCCGACGACAACUUCUCCUCCAUCGUGGCGGCCGUGGAGGAGGGCAGGGCCAUCUACAACAACAUGAAACAGUUCAUCAGAUACCUCAUCUCCUCCAACGUGGGAGAGGUGGUCUGCAUCUUCCUGACGGCGGCUCUGGGUCUGCCUGAGGCUCUGAUCCCAGUCCAGCUGCUGUGGGUGAACCUGGUGACGGACGGUCUCCCGGCAACCGCCCUGGGCUUCAACCCCCCCGACCUGGACAUCAUGGGCAAGCUGCCCCGCUCUCCCAAAGAGCCCCUCAUCUCCGGGUGGCUGUUCUUCAGAUACAUGGUCAUUGGAGGCUAUGUUGGUGCUGCUACCGUUGCUGCUGCUGCCUGGUGGUUUCUGUAUUGUGAUGAAGGGCCCAUGAUCUCCUUCUACCAACUGUCCCACUUCAUGCAGUGCACGGCCGACAGCGGGGACUUUGAGGGCGUGGAGUGUGAGGUGUUCGAGGCGGCCCCGCCCAUGACCAUGGCUCUCUCCGUGCUGGUCACCAUCGAGAUGUGCAACGCCCUCAACAGCCUGUCUGAGAACCAGUCUCUGCUGAGGAUGCCCCCGUGGAGUAACUGCUGGCUGCUUGGGGCCAUGACUCUCUCCAUGUCUCUCCACUUCAUGAUCAUCUACGUCGACCCACUGCCCAUGAUCUUUAAGCUGACCCAUCUGAACAUGGAGCAGUGGCUGAUGGUGUUGAAGCUCUCGCUCCCCGUCAUCUUCUUCGACGAGGUGCUCAAGUUCGUCGCUCGCAACUACCUGGAGGAGAGAGAUGACAACCUGGUGUCCAAAAAGUGGGACUGAGAAGAUAAGAGCGACGUCAGGAGGAGAGGAGAUUCUCUCCGCGGAACGAGUGUGUGUGUGUGUGUGUGUGUGUGUGUGCGCGCGCCUGUGUGUGUGCGUGUUUGGUCACCAGGUGAGUGAGAGGCUGUACCAACAUGGAAAUCGCCAUGGGAACCCCCCUCUCAGAGAGAGCCAGGAUCCCUUCAGUGAAAUGUCUUUACUAUGU